GAAGGAAUACCUGGCAAGAAUGAAUCUACUUCUGCCCUACCUACCUCACCCAAGAACUACAUUUCCCUUUAUGCUUGGCGCGACGCGCUCCUAUGAAGUAAAAAGGGCGACAAUUACUUUCUAAGGCCCCUUUUUCAACUUCGCGGCUGCUACCGCAGUGUUAUGUGGGAAAGGUAGUUCUAGCGCUCGUCUUCUGGCCCUGGUCAAACAGAGCGCAAACUAAACUUUCCAGCAAGCAGCGCACUAGCCUGGGAAAGGGGGGCAAGAUGGCGGAUGCCGAAGAGGACGCUUUGAGGCCGUCGGGAUCCUCCGCUGCCCCAAUUUCAUUCAGUUUCAGUCGCACAUCUGCCCGGAGACGGCUGGCGGACGACGCGGGUGCGGCUCCAGAGGAGAAGGAUUUCUUAAAGACCGUGGAAGGGAGGGAGCUGCAAAGUGUGAAGCCCUCAGAAACCCCCAAGGAACUCGUCAUCCCUUUGAUCCAGAAUGGCCGUCGCAGGCAGCCACCGACCCAUGCUCCUGGGCCAUCCACAAAUACUGAGGCCUUGGUGGAUGGGCUGCUGUCCCAGGCUGUGAAGGAGCUCAUUGAGGACUCCAAGAAGUCCCUGGAGGAGAGAGAGAAUUCGGGUGUCGACCCCACGCUUGCUAUCCCCAUGAUCCAGAAAGGAUGCAUCCCUAACGGGGAAAGGGCAGACAGCGAGCCCCGGGCUGAGACAGUGCCGGAGGAAGCUGAUUAUGAGGCAGUCCCCGUAGAGGCCUAUGGGCUGGCCAUGUUACGAGGCAUGGGCUGGAAACCUGGCGAGGGCAUUGGCCGCACCUUCAAUCAAGUGGUGAAGCCCCGUGUCAACUCACUGAGGCCGAAGGGGUUAGGGCUGGGCGCCAGCCUGAAUGAGGUCCAGGCCCUGGUCUUCACUGGCGCCCACCACCUACCAAAGCCAGAUGAGAAGCAAGAGAAAGAUAAGGAAGACCAGCCUCAAGGACUGGUGCCUGGAGGGGCUGUGGUGGUUCUCUCUGGCCCUCACCGAGGCCUGUAUGGGAAGGUAGAAGGCCUUGAUCCUGACAAUGUCCGGGCCAUGGUUCGCCUGGCCAUGGGGAACCGCAUGGUGACCGUUAGUGAGUACUGCCUGCGGCCUGUCUCCCAGCAGGAGUUUGAGAAGAGCUCCUUGGAUCUCAGCCAGAUGAACAAAAGUUCCCCAGGACAACAGAACGGAACAGCCUCGUCAUCAUGGAAGGCCCUCCAGAAUCAGGAGCUCCCCGGCCGGCGGGAAGACUCAGAGAGGAAGCGGAAACACUUUCCCAACCGAGAAGGGGAGCCUGUAGCCAAGACUGAGAAGGUCGGUUCCCGGAGCCAGCACUGGUUGCACAGGGACCUGCGCGUGCGCUUUGUGGACAAGCAGCACAAGGGUGGCCAGUAUUACAACACCAAGAUGACGAUUGAAGAUGUCCUCAGCCCAGAUACCUGUGUGUGUCGAACAGAGGAAGGCCGGAUCCUGGAAGGCGUGAAGGAAGGCAUGCUGGAGACCCUCGUCCCCAAGGUCGAGGGCAACCGGGUGAUGGUGGUGCUGGGGCCACAGGCUGGAAGGGUGGGCCGCCUGCUGGGCUGGGACAGAGAACGGAACCAGGCCCUGGUGCAGCUGCGGAGAGAGAAUCAGCUGGUGGAGCUUCCCUAUGAUGCUGUCUGCCAGUACACAGGCCCCAGGGACUCAGAUGAAGACUGACCUGCAGCCCCACCCCUGGGCUGCUGCCAGCUCUGUACAGUGUGCAGAGCCUGUCUUCGCAGAGGUGGGGAGGUCGUCAUUCUGCCAUCUGCUUGCACUGCAGCUCCAGGACAAGGACGGGAUAGGGCAUGAGACAGAUGGACCAGAAGGGAGACUCGAAACUGGCCGAGACUUUUCCAGAAGUUAGCGUGUAAUAAAAAUCAUUGCCCAAACUUA